AGGACUCUUAACCCGUUUUCUCCUUUACCCUUAUUGCUUUUUUUACUCAAUUUUCUUGGCUUGAGUGACGAGCAGAGCUGGGAAGACUGGUGGGGUGUCAAAAAUCCACGUCCACAGACCAUGGUGGGGAAGAGAUUGGCGAGCCCUCCUCACCCUGUGUUCGCUCCUGGACUCGGCGCUGUUUACUGCUUGCUCUCCAGAGGCUGUCUGACCGCGAAGCCGUGCGCUGGUCUGGGGAGCUAAUGAGACUCCAGGUGAGAAACCUGAGACUCAAAGAUGUCAAAUAACCUUCUUCAAGAGAGCCAGGAUCCAAAUCCAGGUGUUUGUGAGUUAGAUGUUUGUCACUCGAGGAGUAUGACAGUUAAAAUCAGGACAAGGAAGGAGUUGAAGAGAUAUUUUCUCUAUACCAUGCUACUCAUAUACUAGUGUGGCAAGGAAGCACAAUACCAGACAACUGGGAGAAGCCACCACUGGAAAUAUACUGUUGGCAAUCUUUGGUGGCUUAAGAUUCUCUUUGGUUCUCAUCAAUUAUGGAAGAGAAUCAAAGAGGAAAAAAAGGAAUAAAAUAGGGGAACGCCAACAUUUUCGACGACGAGAUUUCUCUGAAGAUGGUUUAAGCUGCCGUCCCGGAACCACGAAACACACGGUCCUAGCACGGAAGACUAGCACCGGAGCCUGAGUGUAACACCGCCACGGGACACAGGCGUUGUUCGCCCUUCCCUGCAGCCUUGAGAACCUGUUUUGGUUCCCGCCCCUUUUCCUCUUGCUCUUCCUAAUCCUUCCCCCUCUGCCAAUUCCGGAGGGGAACCCUUUUUGUUUCUUCCAAGUUGAAGCGUGGGACCCAUUUCGUCAAUACAAUCCGGAAUCGUCGACAUGGCGGCGACCAUAAGAUGCCUCGGUAGAGUCUUGAUACAUCAUCAAAAAUAUAGUCUUUCCAAGGUGGCUUUUAAAACACCUCUCUAUCCUUGUUCUGUAAAUGUUUGGGUGCCCAGCAGAUAUUAUGCUGCUGCUUCAAAGCCUGCAAAGAACACAAAAAAAGGUGUAAAAGACAAAGCAUCAGAUGAGAAAACAGAUGAGAUAGAAAAAAUAAAAUCCUAUCCCUUUAUGGAAGAUGAACCAGAGGAUGAUGUCUACUUAAAGCGCUUAUAUCCAAGGCAGAUACACGAGGUGGAAAAGGCUAUUCAGUUACUUAAGAAAUUUCAAAUUCUAGACUUUACUAAUCCAAAGCAAGGUGUUUAUCUUGAUUUGACACUGGAUAUGGCACUGGGGAAAAAGAAAAAAGUGGAGCCAUUUGCCAGUGUUCUUAGUUUUCCGUACCCGUUUGUUUCAGAAAUCAAUAAAGUUGCUGUAUUUACAGGGAAUGCAUCAGAGAUUAAAAUAGCAGAAGAAAAUGGAGCUGCGUUUGCCGGAGGAACUAAUCUGAUUCAGAAGAUUUUGGAUGAUGAAAUUCAAUCAGACUUUUAUGUAGCUGUUCCAGAAAUAAUGCCUGAGCUUAAUCCAUUAAAGAAGAAACUGAAAAAAAGAUUUCCAAAACUAACUAGAAAGUCCAUUGGCCGUGACAUCCCCAAAAUGCUUGAAUUAUUUAAAACUGGACAUGAAAUUAAGGUAGAUGAAGAAAGGGAGAACUUUCUCAAGACCAAAAUAGCAACAAACACUGUGGACUCCUUGGGUUCAUUGCACUUUAGAAAAGGAAAUCUGCAAGACAGUUAAACCAUAUUCAUUACAUUUCUGCUGGAUAUGCCAAGUGACCAGAUAGUGGCAAAUCUGCAAGCAGUUAUCAAUGAAGUUUGUAAGCA